UCCGAAGGGUAAAGGUCGCAGUGCACUUGGUGUGUAAAUGAAAAUUAAGACUAGGAUGUGUUUUGCAACGAUGUUAACAUCGAUUUUAUGGUAACACUAUAUUCCAUUGAUAUGAUGUUCUGUGUAUCAGUCUAGAAGUCUACAAGCAAAUGUUGCGCGCGCAUGUGAAACUGACUGAGAUUGAUCUAUAACUCUCACUGGGCAACGAAACCGCAGAGGUAUCCCGCGUUCGUGACAGUCCAUAGAAUGACCUAGACACAAAGCUAUGUUACUCUUCAGCGUUUGAAUCACUCGACUCGUAACAACGGACUUUAAUUACUUUCUUAAGUGUAUGCGUAAGUGAUAACCUUACCAGAGGGAACUUAUCUAGUGUUGUAUUGAAGUCAGGACUCUUUCUUGGAGAUAAGUAACUUAACCUUAUCGUCUAUCUGGAUAUCAGUGAAUCAUUCUGAUCUGUAAAGUGAAGUGGCAGUAUUGAGUUGAAGUGCUUCACAAUGAUUACAGUAUACAGAGCAUCAUAAUAUAAAACCAACCAUCGCUAUAGACUAGCUCAACAAAGAAGUGGAUGAAACCGGGAGAUUUAUGCAAAAACCUCGUUUUCUCAGUAUCCUUGGAUGACAUAGCUUCUACAAGUGUUUAGCCUGAAAUCAUUAGGGAUUUGAGACAUUGAUUUUCCCAAUUUCCUUCUGAGUUCUGUAAUUGAAGGCCAGUGGAUGCGGGAAGCAUCCUUAUGCGUAGAUCUAAUAAUUGGAUACAUCUGAACUGGACUGACAGGGCAUGAGUUAGUUACUGCGCGGAAAACCACAAGUCGGAACAUAUUGGAAAAACAAAACAUCAUAUCGACAAUUAGACUAACACUGUAUGUGAAUCAUAAGUAAUGAUUACAUUAUCGAACGAAUCAACAGCAUGGACAUAAACCAGGUACUGUCUGUUUUCGGAUUGUGAAUUUCCUAAACGUUCAGACAUCUUGGAUACCUCUCAGCAUCCACAUCGGAUAAAUUCAGGACUGGGCAGAACCGACAGGAGUUUAUCAAAGGGUAUAUCUAUUAGUAUCGGGUUAAUGAGGCUUAAUCGCAAAUGACCUUACCAGACUUAUCCUAGUUACAUUCAGUUCUAUGUUGUGGCUCAGCUAUACACAAUCUAGGAUAAGGUAAUUGCUCUAUUUUAAGAAACGAAAACAGAGCGAACAUAUGCUCGACAACAGUGAUUGAGCAACGUUUAGUACAUCGGUACCUACUGAGUUAAAAACUGGUAGAAAAAACCUAGCUAUUCACGAUCAAAACUCUAUUCAGAAGAAAGGAAUUUCAGUGCAGUGAUAAAUCAUCACUUGUUUUGUGAAGAGUUUUACGCAGCAUAACAUUAACACAACGCCAUUUCCCGGCAACAUAUCUGCGUCGUAGAUGAACUGAUUAAAAAAACUGAUCACAAAAUAAAAGAUACAUCGGAUUAUUUAAUGAUAGAUAGGAAUACGUAUGUAAUAUAUGAUACUCGGACUUAUAUCUUUGGAUUAUUACAGCUACUAUAUUAGUUAUUUUGGAAACAUGUUUUGGUUGGAUUGUUAGGUCAUGCCAAACACGAACGUUUACUUAUACAUGGAGUUUUACAAAUGACUAACACACACUGUUAAAACAAAACAGACUUACUAGUGACUAUUAAAAAUAUGGAUAUGAAACGUCUGUAAUGUACUACUUUUAAGUGACAUUAACAUUUUAGAGAGUACGUUAGAUACUUAGAUCAUAGAAUUAAAAAUAUAUUGAUUUAUUUGGCAUUGGAGGUUGGUCUAGACUCCCAUAAACCAAGUGGAUAUACAGGAACAAGUGGGUCUGGAAAAAAUCAAGUGAAAUAAACAGAUAAAAAUAUAACCACUAUCUAACACACACCCUGAUUCUGUGCCAGCGAAGGGUAACCAAUAGAUAGUCGUUCAGUCUGUGUUGUAUUUUAUCUGCUUUAAAAACAACCUAAGGUCGAACUUCUGGGUUAAUGUAGUAGACUCGAAGCAAGAUAAAUAUUUUAGAAACAAACAGACUUUUUUUGUGAGAAAGUUCAACAAUCCCAUGAUAACUUACAUCUGGAGCACAUCACAUUUCAAGAUCAAAUAACCUGAUUGGUUCGAGAAAUCACGUGAUCUAUCAUAGAACCAGAAUCAAAACGUAUUCGAAGCAAGUUGGAUUCAGCUAUCGAGUUCUUCGGUGUUUUUGACAUUUCGACGUUACACCCAUUAACAGUGUAAAAGUCGAAGAUAACCUUUUUGAUCGUAAAAAACGUGGGCAGAUAUAAAUCAGGGAAACAUUCUCUGUGGAUAGUGGUGCUCCUCUGUUCCUGAGGCACUUGUCACUGUGACGUGUUUAUCAUUUCCAGUCGUGGGAUUUUAACGUUGUUGUGGUGGAACAUGACUCCCUGACACAUAGCUAUAUUUAGCGUGGAUAAUACAUUAUAAAAAGAUCCUAGAAUUACUUGUUCUCAUUUUAUUCUCAACAUGGCUGCUACUACUGAGACUCAAAACUGGAGGUUAUCACGAAUCGAAGAGGAAUUAGAAAGAUUAAGUUUUGAAAAUGUUGACGGGGAUAAUGAAAUGUUCCCACCACCACCUCCUCCUAAUGAACUCAUUGAAGGCCUUAGGAGUGAUAUAUCUGAACUGAACAAUGAUAUAAGCGCCUUGGAUAGCUCAGCUGAUAACAGCGAUCUCCUAGCUGAAAUAAACAGUGAUUUAAGAUUUGAUAUCAAAGAGAUAACGUCAAGGAUCGACAUCAGUGUAAAUGACUCAGUGAACACUAGUGAAAUGGACACUUCAAUUGAUAGUCAUAAUGAUACGGAUAUUAAAGACGACACAUCUAAUAGAGAUAGUGCCAUUGAAGGAUCCAUAGAAUCUCUUAACUCAUCAACAUGCACGGACAAUACUACUACAAAUGAUACACAAAUUGACAGGACAGAUGUAGCAGUUCUAAGGAAAACUGAUAUAAUCGACAAUACUUCAGAGGUCUCUACGUUGCAUUAUGACGUUCCCAAAAGACAUGUAACGCCAGAAAAAGAGACGCCCAAUGCACUUGGGUUGAUCAGGCUUGGAUCUCCCAAAAAGGACACUACUCCCAAGGUAGAAGUAGUACCAAUAGUAACCAAAUCGCCACAUAGACUCAGCUCUGCUAGUAUGAAGACUCCUAAGAAACCCAUACGUAAAGAUGACCCUAUUUAUAGUUCGGUGACAGUGUCACCAAAGGACGCUGCGAUCCAUAAAGCUAUAGAUAGAGAAAAGGAGGCUUUGCGACGUAUUAGCAAAAAAUAUGAUUCGUAUACAUUAAAAACAGGAUUCGUAGAGAAUAACGUUUGCCCACCAACGCCAUCUAUUGAAACAUCUAGUGUUAACAUUGAUGAACAAGUGAACAAACGAGAGAACAUCCUUAAUAAGGGCGUUGAUAUUGAUCGCGAAUCUGCAAUAUCUGAAGCUGUUACAGAAUCAACAAUGUCAGACAAUGUAUUCGAGCCAUUUGAAGAAGUUACAGAUCAUGAUGUUAUGCAAGUAGAAAUGUUUUAUAAAAGUCACAAAUCUGAAGUCCAUGUAUGCCCUUGUCUUGCGAGCUUGUACUUUGGAAAACUUGACCCUAAAAAUGUUGAUAACACCAGGGAUGUGGACACAUGGGAAUUUCAUAAAAGUGGCAUCCCCGUCGUUAUUCUCGACAGUGGGGAAAGCCGACGGACGAGGUCAUUGACCAUAGUGCUAUCUGAAAAAGGAUCUGGCUUUAUUUUAUGGAAAGACGUCAUGAACCAUUUGACCAAUUACAAGGCACCAUAUCCUUCAUUUCAUACGAUGCACAAUUCAAAUGAUCAUUCUAAACUUGCUGGCCUUAGUUUUGAAACCACUUCCGGUGCCGCAGACUUUUACCGAAUCAUUAAGGACAUUACAUCUGAUCCAGAUGACCCAAUUCUUAAUCUUAGUGGAUUUAAAAAGAAGCGAAAAGAAAAGGGUAAGCAAAAGAAAACCAAACCUAAGCUUCCCAAGAAAGCUGAAAUAUCUCAGCCAUGUGGAUUUGAACACAUAACCAAAUUAGACAGAAAUGAUGCUGGGAAUGUGCUUACGGCGAGAGACAUCGAGAUUAAGCCUAAAUACACUGAACAUGAAACUCCAUGUGGGCCCAAGACUGUGACUAUCAAAAAACGAUAUAGUAACAUAGCUGUUAAAAAUCUAACAGAUGAGAGUACUUGAGCCUGAAUAAUAAUUUGGCAUCAGAUCACCCAACACUAUCUCUCCACAGUGACACUGGUACUCCUGUUAAACUGGUACUUUUGUUCUAAAGUUUGUGGUCUCAACUUAUUGAACCGUUUUUGUUACAAAUAUGAGUUCUAAAUUAUUUGUUUAGUCACAGGACCCCGUCCCCAAGCCUAAAGUUAAAACAUACUAAGUACCAGUUUAACGUACGGUAGUGCAUGGGGCCACAGUGAGAGAGUAACUGGGAUAGAGGAUUGUUCAAUCUCGUUAAAGCGGUUAUUUUGAUUUGGUGCUUGAUCUAUAAGAUCCAACAUGUUAAAAUAUUUGAUGUGCAAACGAAUUUGGUGUAUAUGCUAAUGUCGAGCUCUAAACGUAUUACCAGUUUAACAAGAGAGUGAUGGUUGUAAGAUUACUGUACGUAUGUAACUUAAAAAAACAUCUUGAUUCGCAAGUUUUCAGUUGCUCAAACUAACUCCUUGGAAGUCGAAGAUGUUAAAGGAAAUGUGUAAAUGAAUUUAUGAAAGUCAUGAUAUUUUAUGCCAAUAAUUGCAAAGAAAAAUUGUACAAAUAUAAUGCAUUAUACGAGAAUAUAUUAUGGCCAAUUUCGAA